UGAGUUCUAAAAAUAUAAUUUAUGGCUGAUUGCCAAAGUGAGGAAGUUGGAGAAUUAUUAUUAUAGAUCUUAUCAUUUUAUACAAUAAGCAAUUAAGUGGCAUAGAUAAGAGAACUAAAGUUUCGUUUUAAGUUAGGUUGGGUUUAGUCUGGUUCGGUGUGCAAGUGUCCAAUCAAAGGUCCAAUCCACAGGUCCAAUCUAUCCUAUUAUAUAUCCUACUCACUUAUCUCGUUGAUAUAUGCGGUAUAUGGUUUAACUGUAACCCUCUGCUGUAACCUUUGAGUAUAACAAUGAGUGUUACGAAGAAAAAAAACCUAUACAGUAGAUAUUGCUUUGCACCUGGCUGUACAAGUGGGUGUUACACUAAAAAAAAGGCGAAUAAAGAGCGGGGUGAAAGAAACCCAAGCCUUUUCAAAGCUCCUAAUGAUCCUGGCUCACUACAGCAGUGGCAAAGAGCAAUUCCUCGAGCAGACAAAACACUUAGCAGUAAAGAUGUUGUUUGUGAACUACAUUUUCUAGAUGAAGAUAUUAUGACUCAUUAUGAGACCAAAUUAGCUGAUGGGACAAUUAGUAGGAUUAAACGGGGUAGACCAACAUUAAAGCAGGGUUCUAUUCCAAGGAUUUUUCCUAACCUGCCUUCAUAUUUAUCCAAUUAUAAAAGAAAGAGGAAACCACCACGUGUACGAGUUACAGUUUCCAAUACAAAAAAAAUAAAGGAUCUGCCAGUUAAUCAUGUUAAAAAUGAAGCUUCAGAACCUAACUUUGAAGAAGUUUCUCAUGAAAUUACUAAUAUGCCAAUUGAUGUUGAGAAAGAUAGGUCAAUUACUAUGUUUACAGAUUUGAAAAACGAAACUUCAGACUCUAAUUUUGAGGAAAUUUCUCAUGAAAUUACUGAUAUGCCAAUUGAUGUUGAGAAAGAUAGGUCAAUUACUAUGUUUACAGAUUUGAAAAACGAAACUUCAGACUCUAAUUUUGAGGAAAUUUCUCAUGAAAUUACUGAUAUGCCAAUUGAUGUUGAGAAAGAUAGGGCAAUUACUAUGUUUACAGAUUUGAAAAAUAGUUUGGCUACAAUCGGAACACCAAACAAGGAAUGGGCAGGUACAUUUAUUCCUGGACGAAAUGAAGUAGUCUUUGCUGAAUGGGAUGAUACUUACAUGCCAAAAAAAAAAGUUAUAAUUCACAAGGAUAUGUCUUAUAAGGUUUUAUUGGGGAAAACGGAAAUUACUUUUGAAGAAAAAAGUUCAGAAAUAACUAAUUUUGAAGAUCUUGAAGACAUAUUAAAAUUUGUCGAUAAAAUUGGAGUCUGUUCUGAAAUCGAGCUAUGGUAAUAUUAUUAGUUCUCUUUACAA